AUGUACGUCGACGUCAGCAAGCCGCCUCCCCCGCUCCCCGUGCCUCGCUGCACAACGAUAAGUCCUGGAGUCUCCCUUCUACAACCACUGUCUCGUCGAGGAACAGGACCUGGCAUGAUCAUUGUCGUGCCGGACUCGACUCAAUCAAACCUUUCGAUCAUUGAUGGCGUACCCUCGCCACUGAUCAAAUGGGCCGAGGAAAGCUAUACGGUUGUCGAGAUUCAGGAAAGCGCGUUAUCUGCGAACAUUCUGCAGCGGGCAAUCGAGGCGGUUUUCGAGUCGGGUAGUUGUGUGACAAAGGAGAAAGUCGGCCUAGUUGUAUACAGCGGCCAUCUGUGGAAUCUUGUAGCUCCGUUGCUGUCAUCCACAACCGAGAUCUCGGGUGUAGUCAUCUACGCCAACUCAGCCGAGGAGCCUUCGCUAUCAGAAUCUCCGAUUCUGUGUCUGAAACAUCUUUCCGGAAAGCCAUCUUCUACAAGCGACAACAUACCCACGAACCGGCUAUACACUUACCCCAGCGCAAAAUCGUCCUCCUUCGCACUCCCGUUCCAAGAUGACUUUUCUUACUCUCUUGAAGCACUAUCACACACGCGAAACCUGACCUUUUUAAAGCCAUUGAUUAAUGGCCCCUACUUUGACCUAGAGCAGAUUUGGGAUGAGCAUACCUAUUUCGAGUUUGAGAAUCGGUCCGUUGAGUGGACGAUGAGUACGAUGGUGCAGGAGCCGUAUGUUAAUCAUAUUCCAACUAUGACCGGCGGCGUUGGCCGAGAGAAAUUGUCGCAUUUCUACGCCAAUCACUUCAUUUUUAAAAAUCCGGCAGAUGCAGAGAUGGAAGUUAUCAGUCGCACCGUCGGUAUAGACAGGAUCGUCGACGAAUUCAUCUAUAAGAUCACCCAUGACUGUGAAGUAGACUGGCUUGUUCCCGGCAUUCCUCCAACAGGCAAAAAACUCCAAAUCCCAAUGACAGCAAUAGUCAACAUCCGCGGCGACAGGCUGUAUCAUGAGCAUAUCGCAUGGGACCAGGGCACAAUUCUAAGUCAGCUGGAUCUGAUGCCAGAGUAUCUUCCGUUUGCGUAUCCGCUUGUAGGUCAAGAAGCCAAGGAGGGAAAGAGACUUGAGAUCAAGGUGCCCGUGGCUGGUGUGACGACGGCGACGAAGAUGAGGGAUCGGAAUGCAGUGGAGUCGAAUGACUUGUUUGAGUUUAAGGUUCGAGAGGUCGAGAAUUGA